AGAAAAAGAGAACGAAGUAUUGUUCCUGUUCUCUUUCUUAAGUCAUUUGAAACACUGUCCCUGCGAGUUCUUUAAGUUCCCUGUAAUCUGUACACAAGAGAAAGAGGGAGAGAGAGAGGGAGAGAGACACAGAGAGCAGGGAUCAGGUAAAGGAUUGAGGCUGCUGCAGCCAUUCAGACCUCAGGAGCUGGAAAAUUGCCAAGGAUGCAGAAGGAAAUGAAGAUGAUCAAAGAUGAGGAUGUGCAUUUCAACCUGGGUGUGAAGAGGACCCCCUCCUUUCCCCACUGCCUGCAGCCAGGGGCUUCCCGAGGGAAAGCCCCCCCAAGACAUCCCUUCCCAGAAGCUCUCCGGGGACCCUUUUCCCAGUUCCGGUAUGAACCUCCUCCAGGAGAUCUAGACGGAUUCCCCGGGGUCUUCGAAGGAGGUGGGUCCCGGAAACGGAAGAGCAUGCCCACGAAGAUGCCCUACAGCCACCCUGCAGAAGAAGCCACUGUCGCCCUCCACUCUGAGGAGAGCAAAAACCACGGCCUUCCCAACCUGCCUUUGCUGUUCCCGCAGCCCCCGCGCCCCAAGUAUGACUCUCAGAUGAUCGACCUGUGCAACGUGGGCUUCCAGUUCUACCGCAGCCUGGAGCACCUGGGGGGCAGGCCGGUCAAGCAGGAGCCCAUCAAGCCCAGCGCCGUGUGGCCGCAGCCGACACCCCCUCCGUUCCUGCCCGCGCCCUUCCCCUGCUACCCCAAAGUGCACCCGGGCCUCGUGUUCCCCUUGUUCGUGCCCUCGGCCUCGCCCUUCCCCUUCAGCCGGCACGCCUUCCUGCCCAAGCAGCCCCCGGAGCCCCUGCUGCCCCGCAAAGCCGAGCCCCCGGAGAGCGAGGAGACCAAGCAGAAGGUGGAGAGGGUGGACGUCAACGUCCAGAUUGACGACAGCUACUACGUGGACGUGGGCGGCGCGCAGAAGCGCUGGCAGUGCCCCACCUGCGAGAAGUCCUACACCUCCAAGUACAACCUGGUGACGCACAUCCUGGGCCACAGCGGCAUCAAGCCGCACGCCUGCACCCGCUGCGGGAAGCUCUUCAAGCAGCUCAGCCACCUGCACACCCACAUGCUGACCCACCAGGGCACGCGGCCCCACAAGUGCCAGGUGUGCCACAAGGCCUUCACCCAGACCAGCCACCUGAAGCGCCACAUGAUGCAGCACAGCGAGGUGAAGCCGCACAACUGCCGCGUGUGCGGCCGGGGCUUCGCCUACCCCAGCGAGCUCAAGGCCCACGAGGCCAAGCACGCCAGCGGGCGGGAGAACAUCUGCGUGGAGUGCGGCCUCGACUUCCCCACCCUGGCCCAGCUGAAGAGGCACCUCACCACGCACCGCGGCCCCAUCCAGUACAACUGCUCUGAGUGCGACAAGUCCUUCCAGUACCCGAGCCAGCUGCAGAACCACAUGAUGAAGCACAAGGACAUCCGGCCCUACAUCUGCUCCGAGUGCGGCAUGGAGUUCGUGCAGCCCCACCACCUCAAGCAGCACUCCCUCACCCACAAGGGUGUAAAGGAGCACAAAUGUGGGAUCUGCGGGCGGGAGUUCACCCUGCUGGCCAACAUGAAGCGACACGUGCUGAUCCACACCAACAUCCGUGCCUACCAGUGUCACCUCUGCUACAAGAGCUUCGUGCAGAAACAGACCCUCAAGGCGCACAUGAUUGUCCACUCGGACGUGAAGCCUUUCAAAUGCAAGCUAUGUGGGAAGGAAUUCAACCGGAUGCACAACCUGAUGGGCCACAUGCACCUGCACUCAGACAGCAAACCCUUCAAGUGCCUCUACUGCCCGAGCAAAUUCACCCUGAAGGGGAACCUGACGCGCCACAUGAAGGUCAAGCACGGUGUCAUGGAGCGGGGCCUUCAUGCCCAAGGUUUGGGGAGAGGGCGCAUCGCCCUGGCGCAGACGGCCGGUGUCCUGCACAGUCUGGAGCAGGAGGAACCCUUCGACCUGUCUCAGAAGCGCGGGGCCAAGGGGCCGGUGUUCCAGUCGGACGGGGAGAGCGCCAGGGGCAGCCCCUGCCACGAGGACGACGACGAGGACAACUGCUACGAGGUGGAACCCUACAGCCCUGGCCUGGGCCCCCAUAGCCAGCAGCGCUGCGCGCCCCAGGAUCUGUCCACCAAGCCUGAGCAGGCCCCCGGGGCGCAGGAGGAAGCCUGCAAGGAGGAGGAGGAGGAGGAAGGGUCCGGAGAAGAGUGGGAGGAGAGGAGCAAGGGCAGCCGUGGGGUGGAGGGUUGCGCCCGCAGGGAUGAGAAUCUCAGCCUGAGGGCUCUUCAGAGCACCCCGCGGGGCCCCUCUUUUUCUGAUUACUUAUACUUCAAGCACAGAGAUGGGAGUUUAAAAGAAUUACUGGAGAGGAAAAUGGAAAAACAAGCAGUGCUUUUAGGUAUCUAAGUGAACAGUUUUAAGAUUACAUUUGGAAAAUGAGAGCUAGGCAGUUCAAAUAUAGCUUUCUGCAUGAACUGUCAUUUGCUGGGGGCUGGCGGGUAGUGCCAGUCUUCACAAAUGGCUCAGACUAAAUGAGCAGGGACCGUCCUAGGCAAUGCAAAUGCUUCUCAGGUCAUUCACUGGGCCCUUGCCACUGCUAAAACACAUGCAGGGUCUUCUGGUGUGAUUUUAUGUAGUAUAAAGAACUGUGCAUAUUCUUCCAGAUAUCUCAUUGUAAGCUGAUGCUGAGAUGCUUUAGAAAUUCUAUUUUCCUUUGACUAAUAUGCAAUACAUGGUAAAUUUCUAGCUGCAAAAAUGGUGCUUGACGUGUUACCUUAUUAAUAACUAUUUAGUUGAAUUAGUGAAAGCUAUAAUGUUUUUCCUGAUAGAUGAAAAUAUUAGUAGUUGUAUAUAUAAAAAUAGCUUUUAUUAAUUAAAUAACCAAAAAUACCAGAAAUGACCCAGGAGGAUGAGCUAUUAAAGAGGAUGUUUUCAAGUAGUUGCUGCAGUUAGACAAAAUUUCAGGAAAAGAUGAACAAUUUUGAUGCCCAGAAAAGCAGCAAUACUUAGAUUCCACCUGGAAUACUUAGAUUUUUUUGUUCUGCUUCAGCUACCUUCGUGGAGUGAGGCAUUUGGAGCAUAUUUUCAGAUGCCCCUACAGUGCUCAGGGGCCCUGGCUCCCCAAACCACCCCUGUGUCCCAAGCAGGGCUCCCCGCUGGAGACCAUGGCCACCUGGCUCCAAAGCCUCAUGUCCCCUAAGACAGCUGCAAGAAGUGUUGUCACCAGUGAGCAGGGCAUCACUCUUCAGUGCUGGAGCUAAGGGGUGAUCUCUAGGAAUUCUCCCUGAAAUCUCAGCUCUGAUUUAUUCGGAGUAUUGGCAUAAUUAUCAGCUAGUCACUGGUAAGGAAGCCUCUGGGCUGUGUUCUCAGCACUGACUAUACAUUGCAAUCAUCUGGGGAAGCCUUUUAAAAAAUACCAAGGCCAGGGCCUCAUCCCCUGAGAUGCUGAUUUAAUUGGUCUGGAGUAGAGCCCCAGGAGUCCUAGUUUCCAGAUUGCCCCAGGUGAUUCUUAUGUGCAGCCAAGGCUGAGAAAGAUUGGGCUAAAAUAGCACUCAGCCAUUCCUGUGGCUUCCAGGGCUCCUCCCAGGGACUCAGUAAAUAUUCCUGUUCCUGGCUUUGGACUUGUUAAGAUAAGAACAGGAGACCACACAAUCAUAUUGCUGACUUAGGCCUUCUUGCCUGUUCUGUAAGAGCCUCACAAGAAAACACACACACACACACACACACACACACACAUAUACACUGAAAAGAUACACACUUUUUGCAGUAGAAGAUGGUGCCUAUGAUGUUUAUGGUCACCUCAUAUGUUGAAAAAUGCAUGGCUGGCCUAUGGUGACUAACUAUUUCCUCCCAGAUGCUGCACCUUGAUUCCAGUGAGCAAUGAUAACUAAAAGGGUGUGUUGGUCCCUGCAAGGAGGCCUUACUUAGCACUGACCCUGAGAAGAGCGACACUGACAAGGUGUUGCAUAUGUGACCAACCGUGAGCAGUGACCCUUUGGUACUGUGUCUGGGUUUAUGUAAAAACUGCCUCUUUGUUGGUAGUUUCAACUCCUAUUUGUAGAGCUAGGUACUGCUUGUUAUUUUGCUUCCUCUCCUCCCACACUUCCCAGUACAUUUCUUUAGAGACGCGUCCCUCUCCAGCUGCUGGGCGCCGCCUUUUCUGUGGGCCUAGGUGCUCCCCCGUUGACCUCAUCCUUCACUGUGUGCUUGUCAGUCCCUGACCCAUGUCUCCCGUCGCCUUGCCUCCAGCUGCUUCCUUCAGCCUCACCACUACCACCAAGUGCUACAGCUACCAAGCCCUGAGGUCAGAGCACCUGCAGAGGGGAUGGAGAAGAGAAGAUGGGGGUUUCUGUGGUUACGUGCAAGACUCUGGGCCAAGAGUUCCAAUUCCUUAGAAGGGCAGUUCCCUUCCAUUCAUGAUUCAUGUAGCUCAUCAGUGCCUCUGCUGAAGGUGCCCUGGAGGCUGGCAGAGGAGUCUGUGAGGCCUCCAGCACUCAGGGUGCAGCUACAUAUUUAUUCAUACAGCAGCCGAGUGUGGAGGGCCUGCUGGGUGCUGCGCCUGACCACACGUGCUGCAGACUGGGACCAAGGGUGCCUGGCUGGAAUAGGAACCGGGGAGAUCUAGAGCAGCAGGCUCUAGUCCCUUCCAACCAAAACAAAUCACGGGAGAAUGUUUGAGGAACCAGUUAAUGUUGAGAUGGAGAGAGUGCGGUCUAGAAUGGUGGUUUUCCAACCGUGCUUUCAGGAGCCAGAGGUCACCCGUAGGCCCCUGAAGGGCUCCUUGGGCGUGAGGGGAGAAACCCUCAGUGCUCUGUGCUCACUUCUCUCAGAGCCGCUCGAGUUUCGCCUGUGUUGAAUGUUAGCAUUCCAAGUCACAUUUUAUUUGGAGGGAAGAAAAAAGGUAGGUCUAGGAGAAGUAACAAAAAUUUAUUAUGGAGUGUAUUCCAAGGCCUGUUUUUAGUUUUUGACUCUGGGUAGGAGAGACUUAAUUAGAUCUAACCUGAUGGUUAAUAUAGCACUGACCUUCUGAGAACCAAGGCGAAAACCUUGGUUAUGUAUGUCGAGUGGCCAACAUCCUGGUUUUCCCAAGACAGAACUGGUUUAGACCUGUUGUCCCAAGGGUAUUUACUAAUAAAGUCACCUUUAUUCUCAAAAGUUCUUUCCCAGUUUGGGUGAAAAAUGACAUGGACACCCUAUGCCUGAGCACAGAGCUGAGGGAGGGGUUGGCCAACCUUGCCUAAGGAGCUGAUUAACCAGAGGUGAGCCGGAAGGGGACCCAUGGGGCCAUCUCAGAAAACUGAGGGAUCAAGCCUUCCAAGGUUACCAGCACACCAAGGCCAGGACAGCAUGACACUCAUCACGUGUGUCACUCUGAAAAUAGGUCACUACCAAAUGCUUUCCAGGCUUUUGACCACUGUUACUUUGAACAAACCAAUGGACCAGCCAAGUGGCAUAUUUUUCUUUUACCCUUUUUAUUCAUUCCUGUAUUACCACUCUUGCUGCCUCUCAAUCCCUCUUUUUUUUUUUUUUUUUAAGGUAGAGGAGAUUAUUUUUU